AUGAACAACUUGAGGAAGAUAUUAAAUUUGGGAGUAGUUGGUGGGGGGUUGGUUGGUGGUGCUGCGGCCCUAGGUCUAGGUCUUUCACAAUCUUUGUAUACAGUUGAUGGAGGUCAUCGUGCUAUUAUAUUCAGUCGUAUUGGUGGAGUUCAAGAUGAAAUCUAUCCCGAGGGUUUGCAUUUCAGAAUACCAUGGUUCCAAUAUCCAAUCAUCUAUGAUAUUAGAUCGCGACCUCGGAAGAUAACAUCACCCACUGGGAGCAAGGAUCUCCAAACUGUGAACCUCACAUUGCGCGUCUUAUCUCGACCUGAAGUCUCGCAGCUUCCAAAUAUAUAUCGUACGUUGGGUACUGAUUAUGAUGAACGCGUAUUGCCGUCUAUUGUCAAUGAAGUUUUGAAGGCGGUGGUAGCUAAAUUCAAUGCUAGCCAGUUGAUUACUCAGCGUCAACAAGUGUCUCUGUUAAUCCGUAAGCAGUUAAUUGACCGAGCUAGUGAUUUCCACAUAAUCGUUGAUGAUGUCUCCAUCACCGAUUUGACAUUUUCGCAAGUUUAUUCAGCUGCUGUCGAAGCUAAACAGAUUGCUCUCCAAGAAGCACAACGUGCACAGUUUCUUGUUGAACGUGCUAAACAAGAACGCCAACAGAAGAUAGUUACAGCUGAGGGUGAAGCUCAAGCCGCAAAAUUGAUCGGUGAUGCACUGGCUCAAAAUCCGGGAUACCUUAAACUCAGAAAAAUUAAAGCAGCCACUCAAAUUGCUAGAACAGUUGCACAGUCACAGAAUCGUGCAUUUUUACACUCUGGUUCUCUUAUCCUGAAUGUCGCCGAUCCCAAAUAUGAUGCCGGUUUGGACGUAUUGAGGAAAAAGUGAAUCAUCAUCACCUUACCUCUCCUGUAUGCUUCAAUAUUCCCAGUGGUUCGGAGUUUUUUUAGGCUAGUCUCUUUCCACUUUGAAUUCCCUUUACAUUGUUGGCGUAUGUGUGUAUUUCGUGCUACUUUUUCUAACUUACGAAACUCUCUUGUAUAUGAUUAGUGUACAAUUUAAAUUAAUUGUUGAACUAUUAUCAUUUUUUUCAAAAUAAAAUUAC